AUUUACGUCUUGCUUAGCAUUUAAACAUGUUAUGGAAGAAGUUUCGGAUUUGGCCGGUCAACAUGAAGUAAUAGCUGAGAAUCUUCAGGCACAGGUCAUAAACGAAGUUGCUAUUCUCGUCAAAGAUUUUAGAGAAGAAAGGAAAAAGCAUCUUCAGGAAGGAGCUAAAAUGAUGGCGAAUUUAAACAAUCAAAUCAAUAGCUUAGAUAGGUCUAAGAAAAAUUACGAGAAGGCUUUCAAAGAAGCCGAAAAAGCGUUGGAAAACUACCAGAGAGCCGAAGCGGAUUUCGAUUUAUCGAGAGCAGAAGUUGAAAAACAAAGGAUAAACAUGAUGACCAAGGGUCAACUCUGUGAAGAUUCAAAGAGCGAGUAUGCUAAUCAAUUACAAAAAACAAACGAUUUACAAAAUCAACAUUAUCAACAGUUGAUGCCCGACGUGUUUAGACACCUACAAGAAAUGGAUGAAAAACGAAUAAAAAAUAUAAAAAAUUUCAUGACUCAAUCGGUGACGAUCGAAAGAAACGUUUUCCCAAUAAUAAAUAAAUGUUUAGAUGGAAUAAUAAAUGCUGCGAACGCCGUGAGCGAAAAAGAGGAUACUCAAAUGGUUAUAGAUAGGUACAAAUCAGGUUUUCAACCACCCAGAGAUAUUCCAUUUGAAGAUCUCAACGCUGUCAGGUCGGGAGAUGCUGCACCCGUCACAAAUCAAUAUAUAAAAGCACGAGCGGAUCCCAACAUGACGGUGAGAGGAACGAUAUCGGCGGGUAAAUUAAAAAGAAGAGUUGCUUUAUUCGGUAUAUUCAGUUCGAACAAGAACAAUAUGUCUUCGUUUGGUGAUUCAAAGGAGGAUUACAGUGAUUUACCUCCAAAUCAACGAAAAAAGAAAUUACAGCAAAGGAUAGAAGAAUUACAAAAGAGCGUGCAACAAGAGACUGCAGCAAGGUUAUACAAAUACGGACUGAUGAAAAUGAAAGGAGUUUACGAACAAAAUCCCGCGUUAGGGGAUCCAAUGUCCAUCGAGGGACAGCUCAACGAAAGCGGCCACAAAUUAGAUAAGCUUAGACAAGAAUUGCACAAGUUUCAAGUGUAUUUAGAAGAAGCAUUGGAAAUGCCACGACAUCAAUCCGUCGGAAAUUCUCCUUCGGCUCCGAAUAGGAAAAAUAAAACUCCGACUCGCGGCCAUAGUUUGUUAAACGGUUUAAAUUCGAACAACAAUCACAGUGGGGGUUCCGGCGGUGAAGAAGAAUCACUUAGUAGAUCCGCAUCGGAUUCAAGCGUCCAUUUUCCUAACUUGUUUUAUUAUUAUAUUACUAAUAAUAGCUCCUCGAACAGUCCUGAAUCCGGUUUGGGAACGUCUCACACGAGCCUUCCAGAAUCCGAUCCCGACAACGUUGUGGAACAAUCAGGAUUGUACGGUUACGAAGGAGAAGUUUUAAGUCCUUUGGGAACUUGUCGCGCACUAUAUCCCUUCGAAGCGACGAGCGAAGGAUCGAUUCCCAUGUACGACGGUGAAGAAUUAUAUUUAAUAGAAGUCGAUCAGGGUGACGGUUGGACGAGAGUGAGAAGGAUGAACGAUUACGAGGAAGGAUUCGUGCCGACGUCUUACAUAAGUUGCACGCCUUAUACAUAA